AUGCAUAAACUGCAGCGCGCCGUCUGUGCUCCCUUUGUAUUGUGUGUUGUUUCUUCAUUGUGCAUGCCUGUGUGUACCUUUGUGCGCCUAACGCGAUUGUGUUUGCUCCGGUCUGUUGUGUACAUCAGCUGUCACGCCCUUGUUGUGGCUGCCUCUCUCUCUCUCUCUCCCUCCGUGGGUGUCUGCUUCCCACGCCUCUCCCUGUGUUGGUACGGGCUGCAGCAAAUGAGCGGCUGCGGCAGGCGGCACCGCGCGAAGCACCUCACGCGGCAGUUCCUCGACGCCGACGGCUGGACGGGGCCGGCGCCC